UAUGUGCAAUCAAGCGACUCAGCGAAUUCAACCAAGGAGAAGCAGAGUUCCUAGCAGAAGUGAACACCAUUGGGAGGCUUAACCACAUGAACUUGAUAGAAAUCUGGGGAUACUGCGUAGAGGGAAAGCACAGGCUUCUGGUGUACGAGUACAUGGAGCAUGGAUCAUUGGCGGAAAAUCUUAGUUCUAAUAUUGCACUUGAUUGGGAAAAGAAGUUUGAAAUUGCAGUGGGCACGGCAAAAGGCCUUGCUUACUUGCAUGAGGAGUGCCUGGAGUGGGUUUUGCAUUGUGAUGUAAAGCCUCAGAACAUACUCUUACACUCUGAUUAUCAACCAAAAGUUGCAGAUUUUGGUCUGUCUAAACUACUAAAUAGAGGUGAGCUUGAUCAUUCAAGUUUCUCAAAAAUGAGAGGGACUAGAGGUUACAUGGCUCCAGAGUGGCUUUACAAUCUUCCUAUAACAUCUAAAGUUGAUGUCUACAGUUAUGGGAUCGUUGUGUUGGAAAUGGUUACUGGAAAAAGUCCGACAGGUAUGCACAGCUCCGACAGUGGAGGGGCGGGGGAGCACUUGAGUGUGGUGAAAUUGGUGAGGGAGAAGAUGGUCACCAACAUUGGAAGCAGUAAUGCAAAGGAGUCAUGGAUUGAAGAGAUUAUUGAUCCGAGCCAGAGGGUGACUGAGAAAUAUGACUCUGCUAAGAUGGAACUUCUGGUCAAAGUGGCUUUGCAAUGUGUGGCAGACGACAAAGACCAUAGACCCACCAUGAACCAGGUUGUAGAGAUGCUUCUACGCCAUUAGAUCAUUUAAUUUAAUUUUGUUGGAAAAAUAAUU